AUGACAGGGAGCAAAGGCUCUUUCACCAUUUCCACCAGCCCUGUGCUAGCCCGCUCAGGCGCGUGCGCCGCCAAGACCAAGCCCACCACCGCUGGGCGCCGGCUGGGUGAGUGGUGGGCAAGCAACCUCAGCGGGGCGGAGCGGGGCCCGGGGAAUGCAUUUGCUGAAAGGAUACUCCACCCACGGCCAUUCGGGAGCAACUGGGAUCUGGCCUUCAGAGCCCAGAAGCUGAAAUGGGUUGGCCCCGGGGGCCUGGCACCACAGAUGGAGACAUGUCCCGAGUGUGCACAUCAGGACAGGGGGCAGGCGCUAGUCCGCCGGCAGCCCCCAGCCCCCCAGAGCCUGCGUGAAACGUUGAAGGGCCGGCUGCGGCGGAACUGCACGUGUCGUAGACAGCAGGCCUGGGAGCUGGUGCAGGACCUGGUGCCCGCUGUGCGCUGGCUGCCUCAGUACAGCCUGCAGGAGUACCUGGCAGGGGACGUCAUGUCCGGACUGGUCAUCGGCAUCAUCCUGGUACCUCAGGCCAUCGCCUACUCGCUCCUGUCAGGGUUGCAGCCCAUAUACAGCCUCUAUACCUCCUUCUUCGCCAACCUCAUCUACUUCCUCCUGGGCACCUCCCGCCAUGUGUCCGUGGGCAUCUUCAGCCUGCUCUGCCUCAUGGUGGGUCAGGUGGUGGACCGUGAGCUCCAGCUGGCCGGCUUAGACCCCGCUCAGGAUGGCCUGCGGCCAGGGGCCAAUGAUAGCAUCCUCAAUGUCUCAGCCACUGGGCUGGCACUUGGGCCUGACUGCGGACGGAACUGCUACGCCAUCCGCGUCGCUACUGCCCUCACGCUGGUGGUUGGAAUUUACCAGGUCCUCCUGGGUGUCCUCCGGCUGGGCUUCCUGUCCACCUACCUCUCACCACCACUGCUCGAUGGCUUUGCCAUGGGGGCCUCCCUGACGAUCCUGACCUCACAGGUCAAGCACCUGCUGGGCGUACGGGUCCCACGGUACCAGGGUCCCGGGAUGGUGUUAAGCACAUGGCUGAGUCUGCUACAAAACUUGGGCCAGUCCAACGUGUGUGAUGUGGUCACCAGCGCCGUGUGCCUGCUCCUGCUGCUGGUUACCAAGGAGCUCUCGGACCGCUACCGGCACCGCCUGAAGGUGCCACUGCCCAUGGAGCUGGUGGUCAUCGUGGCAGCCACACUCGCCUCCCACUUUGGGCAAUUUUACCAACGGUUUGGCUCCAGCGUGGCCGGCGACAUCCCUACUGGCUUCCUGGCCCCACAGGUGCCUGACCCAGAACUGAUGUGGCGAGUAGCACUGGACGCUGUCCCCCUGGCCCUCAUGGGUUCUGCCUUCUCUGUCUCGCUGGCAGAGAUGUUUGCCCGGAACCACGGCUACUCCGUCCGUGCCAACCAGGAGCUCCUGGCUGUGGGCUUCUGCAACGUGGUGCCCGCCUUCUUCCACUGCUUUGUCACCAGCGCCGCCCUGAGCAAAAGUCUGGUGAAGACGGCCACAGGUUGCCGCACGCAGGUGUCCAGCGUGGUCAGCGCUGCCGUGGUGCUGCUGGUGCUAGUGGCCCUGGCGCCGCUCUUUCGGGACCUGCAGAGAUGUGUCCUGGCAUGCAUCAUCAUCGUCAGCCUGCGGGGGGCCCUACGCAAGGUGGGAGACCUUCCGCAGCUGUGGCGGCUCAGCCCGGCCGACGCACUGGUCUGGGUGGCCACUGCGAUCACCUGCGUGCUGGUCAGCAUUGAGGCGGGACUGCUGGUGGGUAUGUUCAUUUCGCUGCUCAGCUUGGCCGGCCGCACACAGCGCCCACAUACAGCCCUGCUCGCACGCAUCCCCCGUUCUGCUUUGUACGAGGAUGUCACCGAGUUCGAGGGCCUGGUCCCUGAGCCAGGCGUGCGCAUUUUCCGCUUCACGGGGCCACUCUACUAUGCCAACAAGGACAUCUUCCUGCGGUCACUCUAUAGCCUCACAGGACUGGACGCAGGGCGUGAAGCUGCCAGGAAGCGAGGGCCGGACGGGAGGGCCAGCGGCCGCAAGCACCCAAACCCAGAGGGCACCACAUCAGCACUGAUGUCCCCAGAGGCCAGCUUCCACACAGUGGUCAUUGACUGUGCCCCACUGCUUUUCUUGGACAUGGCUGGACUGGCCACGCUGCAGGGCCUACACCAGGACUACAAAGUCCUGGGCAUUGCCAUGCUCCUUGCGGGCUGCAGCCGCUCGGUGAGGGCCAUGCUGAGGCAAGGUGGCUUCCUCGGGGAGAACGAGGCGGACACAGCUGAAGAGGAGCAGCUAUUCCACAGUGUGUACAGAGCUGUGCAGGUGGCUCGAGCCUGUCAUCAGGAGCUGACGGCUGCCGACUCAGUCCUCUAG